AUGACUAAUUUAUUAAAACAUUUAAUAAUUAAGAAAAGGUUAAAUGUAAAUUAUUGGGGUGUAAUAAAUAAAUGUAGUUAUUCAUCGAAAGGUACGGAAUAUGAAAUAUUUGAAAAUGAAAAAGGUUUAGAGAAAUUUCACGAAUUUAAAGUAAAUAAAAUAAUAUAUCAAAAAGAUUAUAAGAAUUAUAUAAAAUUAUAUAAAUUAUGUAAUCCAGAAUAUAGCAAAUUGACUAUAGAAAAAGGUAACUUAUUUAAUUUUUCCAUUGAAUGGAUAUUUAAGAGUAAUAAUAUUGUAGUGCGUGUACAAAAUGGAGAGUGUAAAAAAAUAAAAACGUUUACGUAUACAUUGUCGUUAUUACAAGAAAAGUUGAAUGCAUAUAAUAUCUUAUCAAAAGAAAGAAAUAAAGAAAAGGAGAAAAAAAAAAAAGAAAAAAAUAAUAAUAAUAAUAAUAAUAAUAAUAAUAAUAAUAACAACAUAGCUAUCAAAAGUUAUGAUAUUAAUAAUUUAAAAGAUAUAUAUAAUGAUGAAAAAAAACUUCUAACACGUACUGUCGAGGAAAAUGGGAAUAAAUAUAAAAGCAAAAUUAAUUAUGUAAAAUUAAUUAAAAUAUGGGAUACAUAUUUAUUUUUUAAAGAAAAAAAACAAUUAGAAGAAAAGAAAGUAUAUUUUGAAAUAUUAAAAAAAUCAUUUCUCAAAGCAGAAUUUUUUGAAAAAAAUAAAAAAAAAGACUUUGAAUUUUUUGAAAAUAUAUUAACAUCUUUAUUAUUAAAACCUAGUAUAUUUAUAAAUGUGUUAAAUUCAUUACAUUUUAUUUUUUUUGUGUCACCUGUUUCUUUACAAGUUAAACAAAAAAAUGAUACAAGCAAGGAAAAUGUUAAUCAUUUGAUAAAUUUCCAAGUAAGAAAAUAUAUUUUAAAUUAUUUGUUUAAUAUAUAUUAUGAAAAGUAUAUAGGUCUUAAGAAUUUAUAUAAAACGUUUGAUUUGCAUAAAUCUUAUAAAUUGAAAUUCUGUAGAAAGGAAAAUGACACGUUUAAAUUUGUUUCCUUGGAUAAUAUUGAUGUGGAAAAAAGAGGUAUACUUUUAAUUAAGUAUUAUAAGAACAAUAAAGAAACGUAUAAAAAAAAAAGCCAUGAUGAAGAUAAGUUGAACACAUAUAAUAAUGAUAUGCAUAAUAAUGAUAUGAAUAAUAAUAAUACCCAUGUUGAUGAUAUACAUAAUAAUAAUACCCAUGUUGGUAAUAUACAUAAUAAUAAUACCCAUGUUGGUAAUAUACAUAAUAAUAAUACCCAUGUUGGUAAUAUACAUAAUAAUAAUACCCAUGUUGGUGAUAUACAUAAUAAUAAUACCCAUGUUGAUGAUAUACAUAAUAAUAAUAAUACCCAUGUUGAUGAUAUACAUAAUAAUAAUACCCAUGUUGAUGAUAUACAUAAUAAUAAUACCCAUGUUGGUAAUAUACAUAAUAAUAAUACCCAUGUUGGUGAUAUACAUAAUAAUAAUACCCAUGUUGAUGAUAUACAUAAUAAUAAUACCCAUGUUGAUGAUAUACAUAAUAAUAAUACCCAUGUUGAUGAUAUACAUAAUAAUAAUAAUACCCAUGUUGAUGAUAAAGAAGCGUCAUCCUAUCUAAUAGGAGUCGUAAAAAAUAUUAGAAAAAUUCAAUCAUUUUGUGUUCUUUAUAUGGAUAUAAAAAAAUAUAAAUAUAAUGAAGAACAUCCAAAUAUGUCAUCAACAUUAUAUGAAGAUAUAGAUAUUAAUGACGAAUAUUAUGAAUGUUUUUUAAAUAACAUAAAUCAUAUAAAUCAAUCGUCACACAGCAACAUAAAUACAAUAAUAAAACAAAGAGAACUAAAGAAUGAAGAUGAUAAAAAUAAUACAUUACUUUUUGAAGCAGUACCCUUGACGAUACAAUUAACGACAAUCUCGAAAAGAAUAAAAUUGUCUAUGAUAAAUAUUUUUGACAGGAAAGAUUUUUUAAAUAAUAAUAUUACGAGAGUUCUGUUAAAUGGAGACAAUUAUAUGGAAACAGAAAAACGAGAUGAAAAGGUUGAACAAAAUAAAGAAAAUAAAGAAAAUAAAGAAAAUAAAGAAAAUCAUAUAAAUAAAGAAAAUCAAAUAGAUAGAGUAAAACAAAUAGAUAGAGAAAAUCAAAUAAAUAAAGAAAAACUUAAAUUUAAUAAUUUAAAUAAUAUAUUUUUUAAAAAUUCCAUAAAUUAUAAUUAUUUAAUUGAAGAAGCAAUAAAUAAGUUUUUGGAAAAUAGAGAAAGGGAAAUACAACAAUUGAAUAUUGUAGAUAAGGAUAUGAUAAAGAAAGAUCAAAUCAUAUAUAAAUUAUAUAAAAGUUUAAAAAAUGAUAUAUCUCAAUUUAAUAAAAUGUGUAAUAUGUAUAAAAAAUUUGAUAUUUAUCAAAAGAGUGUGUUGUAUGACAUUGUAAUAAAUGAAAAAAGGGUUCCCAUACAUUUGGUGCACGGCGCACCGGGUAGUGGAAAAAGCGAACUAAUAUCCUUCACAAUUUAUAUGCUAACAUUAGAAAAAAAGAACAACGUAUUUGUAGGUACUAAUAAACACAUAUCUGUAGAAAAUAUAAGAAAUAAAUUGAUUAACUUGAAUUUAUGUUUGAAUAGAGAUCAUAUAAAUAUGUCAGAACAACAAAAAUCUUAUAUAUAUAUAGAUACAAUUUACCAAGCUUUUAAAAUAAAAGAUAAAAAAAUCAAACAUUUAUUUAUAGAUGAGGCAUCAAGUUUAUCAGAAUAUAAUAGCCUAAUAUGUUUAAAUUUGAAUUGUGAUUUUAUAUAUGCAUUUGGUGAUGAAAAACAGUUAACAUUUCAUAGUUUAAUAAAUGAAAAAAAGAGAUUAGAUAUAAAUUAUUUAAGUAUAUUUGAGAAAUUAAAAAGAUAUGAACAUAUAAAAAAUCAUUUUCUUUUAAUACAAUAUAGAUUAAUUUUCCCCAUGUAUUUAUUUAUAUCAUUUUAUUUUUAUAAUCAGAAAUUAAUUGCUUCUAAAAAUAUUAUGGAUAAUUAUUUUAAAGAAAAUAGAAAAAUAUAUGAUAUAUUUACGGCAUAUGAAAGAGUACCAAUUUUAUUUAUUGAUACAUAUCAUGAAAAUUUUAAUAAACAAACAUUUGAACAAAAAGUUAAUUAUUCAUAUAUAAAUCACUUUGAAGCUCAAAUCAUAUUAAAAUUAGCAGAAAUACUUAUGUGUACAACAAAUCAAAAAAAUGUAGCUGUUCUUACACCUUAUACUAGCCAAAAAAUAUAUAUACAAAAUAUGUUAGAAAAUAAUUACAGAGAUAAUACUAUAACAUUGAAUCAAAAUAUGAAACAAGAAAAUAAUCAUUUUGAAUAUAUAAAAUAUCAGAAUGUUAUGAAUAAUUCAUGUAACCCUUUUCAAAGGAACCAUCUUUUUUCAAUACGACAAAAUGGACAUUCUAUAGAAACAUAUAAUAAUAAUAAUAAUAAUAAUAAUAAUAAUAAUAAUAAUAACAAAAAUAAUAUUAAUAUGAAUGAAUAUCCUAUUAUGUCGAAUAAAAAUAAUAAAAUACAAGAAACAGGUUAUAUAUUCGAACAUAAUAAUAUAAACACAUCUAUAUAUGACAAUAAUAAUAAUAAUACAGUUAAAAGGACAAAUAACCUUUUAUUUAAUAUAUCCAAUAUUAAAACACAAUCAACUCAUAAUUUAGAAAGUGAAGAAGAAAAUAAUCAUUCCAUUUACAAAAAUGUACAUACCAUUGAUAGUUAUCAAGGUUGUGAAAAUAAUAUUAUUAUUAUAAGUACUGUAAGAUCAAAUGAUAAAAACCUACUUGGAUUCUUAAAUGAUGAAAAACGUAUGAAUGUAUUAUUAACUCGAAUGAAAAAAAAAAUUAUUAUUAUAGGGAAUUCUAAUACAUUAAAAACGAAUUUCUUCUGGAAAGAAUUUAUAUCGUUCCUUGAUUUUUUUAAUUCUAGAAAAUCUGUUUUUACUUAUCCGUUGCAAAACGUUUUUAGAUGA